AUGGGCCUCUACGGCCCGUGGUCACCCUACGGGCAAACGGGUCGAAUAACGCGGCGGCUAUUCUAUUUGGCAAAUUUGUUAACGUUGUUUUUCUCCCUCGCGUGUUUAUCCUACGGCGCAUGGCUCGUCCACAAUAGAAGUCAAUAUGCAGAAUUAUUGGAGCCAUCGUUAUACGUGGACGUGGGCCGGAUCAUGAUCGUUGUUUCGAUCAUCAGCAUGAUCCUCUCGGUCUACGCCGUCUACGCGCUCGUCAACGAGUUGAGAUGUGGAAUUUAUUUCUACGGCGUCGGCUCGAUCGUCACGUUCCUGAUGCUGUUCCUAGGCGGCAUCAUGGGAUUCGUGUUUUGUAAUAAAUUGACAGUCGAGAUCCCGCUCGACCUCAAGAUGUCGACCUCACUGCGGGAACUCUAUGGGUCUCCGGAGAUGCCGAAGGUCAAGGAGGCAUGGGACGAGUUGCAGCUGAAUUUCCGCUGCUGUGGUGUCAACGGGACCGACGACUACAGUAUGUGGCGGACAUCAAAGUGGUAUAUGCACCAGAGGACGGAGAAGAUCCCGGUCCCGCAUUCAUGUUGCUUCCCCGGACAAUAUGAAGCAUGUAUCCGGGAAGCCAAUGGGGUCGGGGAGCCUCGUUUUCUCUACACCGACACCUGCUACGAUCCCCUAAAAGCGGAUCUGCUGAAUGUGGUCGAGGUGGCGGCGUGGAUGCUGGUUGUCAGCAGUUUCGUCCAGGGCGUCCCCGCCGUCUUGGCCAUCUUCUACGCGCGACUGAUCAAGAAA